AGAGAAGGCAGGCGCGCCGGAGAGGAAGAAGACAAGGCCUGGGCGCCGCUGCCGCCGGAGGAUUGUGACGCCGCGGGAGAAGGCCUCCCUCCCUCCCUUCCACCCUCCGUGUCGCCUGACGCUUGAAGGAGGACGACGCCUCCGCCGCCAUGAGUGGCCCUUGUCGGCUGCUGGUGCCUUUAGUGGUGGCGCUGCUGGUGCCGGCGGGGCUUCGGGGCCCGGGCUCCCUCUGCGGCGCCUUCUACCUCCCGGGCCUGGCCCCCGUCACCUUCUGCCAGCCCCACGCCGAGACCCAGGAAGGGAAGGAGCCGGGCGGCAGCGGCACCGCCGGGUGCAAGUCACAAAUCGAGUUGUUUGUGAACAGACUGGACUCCGUUGAAUCAGUUCUACCCUAUGAAUAUGAUGCAUUUGACUUUUGUCAAGAUGCUACAGAAAAAAGACCUUCAGAAAACCUCGGACAAGUUUUGUUUGGAGAGAGAAUAGCUUCGUCGCCCUAUAAGUUUAUAUUUAACAAAGAGGAAAAGUGCAAGGCAGUCUGUGUGAAAUCUUAUGAUCCAACAAAAGCAGAAGACAAAAAUAAACUGGAUUUUUUGAAGAAAGGGAUGCAGCUGAACUAUCAGCAUCACUGGAUUGUUGAUAACAUGCCAGUGACUUGGUGUUAUGAUGUGGAAGAUGGGCAGAAAUUUUGUAAUCCAGGAUUUCCAAUCGGAUGCUUUGUUGCUUUGGAUGGCCGGCCAAAAGAUGCCUGCAUUAUCAAUUCAGAGUUCAACAAGAAGAAUACUUUCUAUCUCUUCAACCACGUUGAUAUCACAAUCACAUACCACAGUGGAAAGGAUGAGAACUGGCCCGGAGCUCGGCUGGUUACAGCUCGGCUGGAACCCAAAAGUUACAAACAUACAGAUAUUAACAAGCUAACAUGUGAGGAGACACCGAUGGAAAUACCUGCAGAAACCACCAGCAAGCUGGAUCUUAUCUAUUCUUACUCUGUGAAAUUUGAAGAGAACAACAAUAUUAAGUGGGCCUCAAGGUGGGACUACAUCUUGGAAUCCAUGCCUCAUACCAACAUUCAGUGGUUCAGCAUAAUGAAUUCCCUUGUGAUUGUUCUCUUCUUGUCUGGAAUGGUGGCCAUGAUUCUUCUGAGGACCCUGCAUAAAGAUAUUGCAAGAUACAACCAGAUUGAUUCUUCCGAGGAUGCCCAGGAGGAGUUUGGGUGGAAGCUGGUCCAUGGAGAUGUGUUCCGGCCUCCCAGGAAGGGCAUGCUUCUCUCUGUCUUCUUGGGCCAAGGGACACAGAUUUUCAUAAUGACUUUUAUCACUUUGUUUCUUGCCUGCCUUGGGUUCCUUUCGCCAGCCAACAGAGGAGCCCUGAUGACCUGCGCAGUUGUGCUCUGGGUCUUGCUGGGGACCCCAGCAGGCUAUGUAUCUGCUCGAAUGUACAAAACAUUUAGAGGUGAAAAAUGGAAGACAAAUGUACUACUGACAGCUCUGCUGUGCCCUGGAAUUGUAUUUGCUGACUUUUUCAUUAUGAACCUUAUCCUAUGGGUGAAGGGAUCAUCCGCAGCUAUCCCUUUUGGAACGCUGGUUGCGAUCUUGGCCAUGUGGUUUGGAAUAUCUGUCCCGCUGACCUUUGUUGGUGCAUACUUUGGAUUUAAGGAGAAGCCUAUUGAACACCCAGUCCGUACAAACCAGAUUCCACGUCAGAUCCCAGAACAGUCCUUUUUCACAAAGCCUUUGCCUGGUAUCAUAAUGGGUGGCAUCCUACCGUUUGGGUGUAUCUUUAUCCAGCUCUUUUUCAUUUUAAACAGCAUUUGGUCCCACCAAAUGUACUACAUGUUUGGAUUCUUGUUCUUAGUCUUCAUCAUACUUUUGAUUACGUGUUCAGAGGCAACGGUCUUGCUGUGCUAUUUUCAUCUGUGUGCUGAGGAUUAUCACUGGUGGUGGAGAUCAUUCUUGACCAGCAGCUUCACAGCAGUUUAUCUCUUCAUCUACGCAGUUCAUUAUUUCUGCUCAAAGCUCCAAAUUACAGGGACUGCCAGCACUAUUUUAUACUUUGGGUACACAAUGAUCAUGGUCUUGAUUUUCUUCCUUUUCACUGGAACAAUUGGAUUCUUUGCCUGUUUCUGGUUCGUCAGUAAGAUAUAUAGCGUCGUGAAAGUGGACUGAAGACUUUCCACAUUGCUCUUGAACAUAUCCCUAUGGUUGCUGGAGUAUAAAUAUAUAUAUAAAAAUAUAUAUUUUUAAUCAUAUACCAAGGAUGGACGUUACAUCUUGAAAAAAGUUGAGACCAUGCAGAGUUGGAAUGGGACCGAUGGAAUAUGGACAAUUCUGAAGAACGUGACUUGAAUUGCUUUCUACAAAUGCCACAUUCAUUUUUGUUUUGCUUUAUUAUUUGAAGCUCAAAGAAUAAAACCAGUUCAAAACCACAAAGAUGAGCAUUAUAUUCCCUUUUCCCCACUGCUAAAAUUCCUUCUGACUCCCUGCCCCCAAGAAUUACUUGAUUAUUCUGUCAUGGGAUAGGGCUGGUAAAAUCUUGUGUAAAAAAGAAAAGUGACCUUUUUUAACUUUUAAAAAUAAGUACAAUUGUACAUAAUAAUCUGCCUCUCCUUUGCAGGUAGUUGGUCAUCAUACAAAUGUACAAGCAUUUAAUGUUAAGUGCAGAGUUCUGGGGAAGAAAAACCUCCCAUCGACUUCUUCGUUUUAAAUAAAACUGUACAAUUCCA